CCCGGAAGUGGCACUGAGGCCUUCUCUGCCUCACAGGGUGCUUUUCCUGCCAUUGAAGAAGGCCACCCCCCACCCAGGUGCGGGUCUCUAUGGUGCUGUUUGUUGUGCAACACGCGACCCCUUGAAGGCUUUCCCUCCGCGUGACAGUGGAAGUGAGUGAUUAAGGCGCUCCCGCCCCUCACCCUGGCAUCCGCCGCCCCCAGCGGUGCCCCCGACUCUCAGCUCUGUUGCGCAAUUUGUUGGGGCGUGAAAUUUUCCUCGCUUUCCUCGUCCUGCGAAGGCCGCGAGGCCAUCAGAAGAAGUAAAAUAGUGCGGUUUUAAGUUGGACGAAAGCGUCCGAGAAUCAAUAUAUCGAUUCGCCUGGCAGCCAAGGGUUGUUGCUCACGCGGAAAAAAGAGUGGUGACCGAAUGGAGGGGGGCGCAGAGAAAUCCUGGGGGUUGGGAGUAAAAAUGCGACAUUACUAGUUGGUUAGGCACAACAACACACACUCAAAGGGCAGCUAUGAAUUCGGCAUCGUACACUUCGGGAGCCUUCUCGCUCAACAGCGCGUCGCUUCCCAAGGAAGUCUUCGACGUCCUGGAACCAACGCCAAAAGAAAUCGUGGACUACGCGAGGAAAAUUGGCAUCAACCCAGAAAAGGAGCCUCAUCUUCUCCCCAUCGCCCGUGACGGAUUGCUGCAGACGCUGCCUUAUGACUGGCAGCCCUGCUACAACAAGCAGCGAAAAGCGUAUUACUACUUCAAUGUGCUAACAAAGACGACACAGUGGGAGCAUCCUCUGGACGUAAUCUACAAGGGAUUGGUGGAGAAGGCGCGACACCGCGGCGUGGUUGACCUGUCUGAGGAUUCUGGCAUUCGGAGUUUGCAUGAGAAUGAGGAGCCAGUGAAGGCUGCCGCUGAAGUUGCUCCUGAGGCACCACCAGAGACGAUGGAGAGACACUUGGCGCCGAUUUCGAAGCGUCCCACUUGGGAUUUGCAGCCACUGCCGAAGAAGCCACUCGGCUCUGGUCAGCAGAUUGGCCUGGAGAUGCCAAAGGCGAAGCCAGACCUCGUGAAGCCCACUACAAGCGGCGAGAAGCCACCAGUCAAGGGAUUUACGCUGAUGGGGUCGGGAUCGAUGUUUCUGAAGUCAAAGAGAAUUGAGGGUUCGGACGCGAGUGUCACGAAACCCAUCGAUAUCGAGAAGACAAAGCCCAGCUUUCUCGAUCAACAUGUUCCAACGGGAACUAGUGUGAAGGGAAUUCUCAGGGAUUCCAGUCUCUCAGACGUUAGACGUCCUCACGGCCAGGACAUUUCGCAUCAGUCAGAGAUUUCCGAUCGGAAGAGUGUCAAAUUCAACUUGACCGAGGCUGCAGCUCCCAGAGAAAUUCCUGAAGUCGUGGCAAGUGGCUCAUCGACAUCGUCAUCAGAGGACUUGGCAGCGGCAGAUGCCGAAGAGGACAAUUGGGACUUUAACAUGAGUGACGAAGGCGACGAGGGCGGCGUUCGUCAAGUCACUGUUCAGCCCGUCAAUCGAGUGACCGUGAUGAAACCCAUUCAAAAGGCAGCAGAUGAGAAUCCUCGUCCAUCUUCCAGUCGUCCUCCAUCCUUAACUCGUGCUUUCAGCAUUUCCGCUCCGGAUGAGAAAAAGGAGAAGCCAGAGAAACCCGAAGUAAAGCCGUUGUAUGACGAAAGUGACUCUGAAAGUCAGGCCAAUUCUGUGAAAAAUUCCAACUUCCCCACGGCCAACAUGGAAACUGAUCCACUUCUGAUGCAGGAAGAUCGGCGAAUGAUUGUGGAUCAGAUGAUUGAAGAUCUGGACAAAUUCCGAAUGCACAUUGAGCAGGAGAAGCGCCUUGAGGAAGAGAAGAUGCGUAGGGAAAUGAAGAUGGAGCUAGAAGCAAUGCGGAAGGACAUCGCGGAGAAGAAUCAAUCGGAAUUGAAUCUAUUUGAGCUGGAGUCCACAAAAGUGUCCAACAGAAAAGAACUGGAAGAUCUAAUAUCACAGGAAAACCGACGAUUCAGCAGUGAAAAGGACGAGACGCUGAAGAGAUUGAAAAAGAGUCACGACGAGAAAUUAGACCAUUUGAUUCACGAGCAAGAGGCGAAAUUCAAAGAGUCACUUGAGAAGAAGAGACGCGAUUUGGAGGAGAAUCAUAAGGAAAGGAUGACUAGAGUGGAGAACGACAUGGAUUCUCAGCUGAAGCAUUUGAGGGAGGAGAUUGAGACGACUCAUAGGAAUUCCCUGGAGGAGUUUAGAGAGAAGCUGAAGAGUGAGUUUGAAGAGAGAAGAAAGAUCAUUAGUGCUGAACAUCGAGCUUCUGUGGAGACACUGCAGAAGAAUCACAGUGAAAUCUUACAGGAACUCGAGAGGGAUCUCAAGACAGAGGAGCAACUGCUUAAGAAGGAGCACACAAUUAAUUUGAAUCAGGCCAAGGCAAAAAUCACGCAUGAGAUUGAGAUGGAGAAGCAGAGAAUGAGAGAAAACGGUGAGGAUCGUCUGUAUGAGAAAAUCCGUUGUGAGAAGCGUCUUUUGGAGGACAAGUACAGGUGUCUCAAGGAGAAGUACACACGACUCAAGACGGACGUGAAACUCUCUCUGGAACGACGGAACAAUCGCCGCCGAGAGCAGCAGCAAAGUGUGACCACAACAACUGGCUCGGAGACUGAGAGAUCUCUGUCCAACAGGCACGGAGCCUUGGUGGACGUGUCUCCGGUGGGAAGACCACCCACGGCUCCCCUGACACCCAAAUCUCAGCCGAAAUUUCGUGACAGCAGCACCGAGACGAGAGAAAAGUCCCUGGAGAGACACUUGAGUGUGAAGGAUAGCAAGAAGUUCGGUGCUGCCACGAAGUAUCUGAAGCACAUCCAGCAGCAGAAUGACGACACCACGUCCAUCAGCCAGAGUGACACCACAGUUAGCAACACGUACGGUCGACUGAGAGUCCCCGUUCCACUUGGAGACAACGGAAACUCUGAUUCUGAGGCGAUAAACCGCAAUAACAACAACCAGAAGGAUGGAACGCCGCUGCGGCAGCGAAAGAAGCUCUUCACACGCACAAAAUCCGCAUCGACAUCGCGUCUCAACACGUCUAAGGGCGGCCAGGAUUGCGGAAGACCCUGCACUCCAGUGGAGAAUCUGCGGAGACAGCUGCAGAAGCUGGAGGAUCUCGAAGAUCAAUUCCCAGACAGCUCCCUAGACACCACUUAUCAUCUUCGCUAUCCCUUCUCCGACGUGGCCAACAACUAUGCCAGCAUGAGCUCAGAGCUGGAGUUCUUCAAGCAUCGCAUCCACCUGGAGAGAGAUUCCGUGAGACGCGCCAAGGACUCGCUGAGAACGCAGAGGACAAAUUUCCGGGCGCGACAGCGUGAGAUCAAGUUGCGCCACAAGAGCGGCACGAAGCACACAGUCGACCAUCUGAUUCAGGAAGAGAAGGAACUCACGGAAAUGGAAGUGAAUCUCCAUCGCACGAGAGCUUUGCUGGGUGAAAAAGUCAUCCGACUGAGACACCUGGAGCAGAGUCUGCAGAGGGUGUGCGAGAAGGAGAAGCCAGUGCUGGCCGAGAGACAGCACCACAAUCCAAGGGAUGACGCCACUCUCAGCGACGUGUCCUCGUCGCACUCCAGCUCGGGCUUCAGCAGCACUGACUUCAUCACCGACACCAAUCACCACGGCGGCAGGCAGCAGAGGGAUCUGUAUCAGGAGCCAACAGACAUCAUCCAGAGCCUCGAGCAUCUCAAUGCUGAGAUCAAGGAAAUCUGGGAGAUUCUCAGCAAGCAACAGGCUCACGGAAUCCCUCCGCCGCCCAUAACCUAUGCCCCGGAGGCUUCCUGGAACAGCUCCACAAACCCCUUCGUCACUCCCGCACCCUCAUCUUCCGCUUCAGGACUCCAACAGCAGCCAAAGCCACCCGUCGAACCGUUCAAGCAAGGAGCUGUUGUGCGCGGCGCGAGCUCCGCCACCAUGGCCACGCCCUCAGCCAGUGCCACAGUCCACACCAUCGUCUCCCAAUCGCCGCUCGCCGGACACUACACCACGAGUCUCGUGGAGCGCACCAGGAAUCUGAAGAUCUGGCUCAAUCAGGCCAAGACGGAACACGAAAUGCUAGCCGGAAAGCAAGCGGCCGAUCUCUAAAACACCCCCUUUUCUACCCAUCCGGGAAUCCUGGGGAUGCUGCAAGGGACAAACAAUUGGACUGAUGAAAUUGUGAGGAUAAAACAAGACUGAAAAUGGGAAAAAAUGUCCCUUCGUAGAAUCAUUCGAUGGAUUCCCAGAGAUAUAUUUAAAGCUCUCUCAUGCGAGAAUAUGAAUGUUACCUUCAGUGAGAGGACAAAUUUAGAGGAAUAUUUAUGAAUUUCUAUACACAAUUCGCUCCCGUUUCCCCCCUCCUCGCCUCUCUGCAUUCGCUUACUUGUUAGAGUGCAGGUGAGAUCUGCACAAGACACUCAAUUUAAUCCUAUUUACGCAUGUUAUACUCACUUAGGCACAUCUCAUUGCAAUGAUACUCAAAGGAAUAUUUACUUCAUCACAAUUAUUAUUGUGACAUUGAAUUAUCUCCUGAAAAGAAUAAAAUGCGGUGUCGGAUUGUGGAAAGCACUGAUCAGAGUAGUUAAGGUGUGUUAUGACUUAAAGGAAAUUAUUGUGAUCCCAUACAAAAAGAUAUAGGAAUGUAUGUUAGAAUGUAGAAAAAAAUAUUGAUGGCUCGAUUUGAUCCCAAAUUCUCUGAAAAUCGUUGUUGUCCGGAAAAAGAUCUUCAAAUCAAAAUUACUCACACAACAAUGAAUUAUUGUCAUGCUGUUCUACAAACUUGAGUUUACCUUGUGCAAAGGAUAGUGGAAAAAUGUGUUUUGGAAUGAAUUCAACACCGUCCCAUCUGAUUCCGUGGAAAAUCUCUAUAUACUCAACAUAUUGAACUACGAUGUUCUCCCUAUAUAACGUGAAAUCAAUAAAAUGUUGAAGUUUAUGUCCUCAA